UGGCCACUUAUUGAGUUCUAGUGACAGUCGUCAGUCUAUUUCUGAACGGUCUGUGAGAGGUACGCGAGACAACGUAAAAACGACCUCUAAACUACAAACUUAAAUAAACAUUUUUUUAUAUAAAAUUAAAAAAAGUAAUUUAUUAAAAAAAAAUAAGGAAAAACAAAAUGGAUACCACUACAGUGACCGGUUUAAAAAAGGCUGAUAUAACGGAGACCAUACAACAAUAUCAGGAAUUAGAUGACUCGGUUAAGGAACUCUUAAGAUCAGCUAAUAAAGUACGCCUCAAUGCCUAUGUACCCUAUAGUAAUUUCAAAGUUGGUGCCGCUUUUCGCUCUAAAUGUGGCCGCAUUUUCAAUGGUUGUAAUGUAGAGAAUGCCGCCUUUAGUCCCUCUUCCUGUGCAGAACGUACCGCCAUUUGUAAGGCUGUUAGUGAGGGCGUCAGAGAGUUCACUGCCGCUGCUGUGGUGGCCUAUCAGGAGGAUGCUUUCACUACCCCUUGUGGUGUUUGUCGUCAGUUUAUUAUGGAAUUUGCUGAUGGUGAUAUUCCUCUUUAUGUGGCCAAGGCUGUACAAAUUAGCCCAGAAAAUGAUGCCACAGCUAAUCAAACUAAUGGUGAAUUGGAAAAUCUUCCUACCGAUAAUGUUUUAUGCACCUCCAUCUAUAAUUUACUGCCAAAUGGAUUUCGUAAUUUUAAGAAAAUUGUAACUUAAUUUAAGUUUGUAAUAAAAGGGGUUUCACCGUUUUAUUAUUUACCUUAUUAUAAUAUUUUCUAUUUUAUUUUGCAAGUAAUCUCUAACUGCAAUAAAGAUUAUUGUUUGAAUAA